AUCGAGGGUACUCAGGGUGCGGGACAAGCGACGAACUUCUUGGAAGCAGUGAACGAUAACUUUUGGACGCAGAACACAGAGGAAUGGACACAUUUAAGGGACACAGACCAUCCAUCCAGACUUGACCUUGUGUUUACCAAGACAGCAAACGAAAUCAGUGAAGUAAAAUACCUUGCACCACUAGCUAGGAUUAAGCAUGCCUUUCUGUGUUUCAACAUCACCGCAGGUUCAAGACCAAGGGAGCAAGAGGACUGUACAUGGAAACUUAACUUUUAUAAAGCGGAUAAUGAGAAGAUGAAAGACUUGUUUCGGGAAAUACAUAAAACACCCACGAAGAAGAAGAAGAAGCGAAGGCCUGACUCUCCAACGGGUCACCUGUACAGCAAGAGCAAGAGAGCACACGCCGCAUCCCUUCUGGCCCUGCCCAACCAGCCCCCUAAAACACCCCAGAAGAAGAAGACGACGAAGGCUCCACACCCACGGGCCAGCGCUGGGGACCUGCUGGCCAGCGACACCCUCAGCCCCAACACUGCCAGGACAACACCUCCACCACCGCCGCCGGGAAGUCUUAACCUUCUCAUGCAGCAGAAGUAGAGCUCUCACGGGCACGUCCACCCUCGACCACGACCACGGACCCUAGGCCGCCGGUGUGUGGAGGAAAAGAGAACAAGGAAAGAACGAGGACAACAACAACACACUCAGCUUCCGCAAAGGUUGGGGCAGCCUCACCUGCAGGGCUGGACAGCAGCAUGAGUGGCCAGGACAAGCAGGAGCAGACUGCUGCAGGGGGCAGGAGGAAGGACAAGCAGGACCCGGACGGUGACAUCAUUAUGAGGCUUGAGUACGGUCUCCUGAACUCCUCGUCCCUGGAGCUGAUUGAGCAACCCAUCACCGACCCGUACGCUCUCAACAGCGCGGAGACGGUGGUGACCAUAGCCAAGGGGUGCGAGGAGGAGGUGUGCAAAGUGGACAUGCAGACCGAGGUGGCGUUCCUGGAUGGUUCGGUCAUCAUAGGCAAGAUCAACCGGCUUGAGGUGACAGCAAGCAACAAGGGGGAACACGUGUACCUCCCCAGCCUAAUGGUGAGCCUGGCGCCGCCCCUCGUGGUCUUCCAGCCUCCUCACCAGUGCAUCUUCCACUCCUCCGAGCUUGUGUAUAACUUGACCAACCCUCUGAAGAGCAGUGCUGAGAGCGUGUGAAGCAGUUUGCCAACCUGGUCCUGGCCCUCAUGAUGCUGUUCGCCAGGUACAAUCACUGGAUGGUGGGCGACAAGUUUGAGAGACUCGCCCCCUCACUGUGUUCUUCAUGCUAACCUGCCGGCUCAUCGCUGAGUACCAAAUCCACCGGAAGGAGAAGAUGGACAAGGCGGCGGCAGCGGCCAAGAAGUCACCCGCCGCAGUCGCCGAAGGGAAGGACGGAGGAACAGCCGCCAACUCCAUCGCUGGCGGCUCCACAUCUACUCUCGUUUCCUCCUCCUCCUCCUCCUCGCCCUCCUCCUCCUCCUCCUCCUCCUCGCCCUCCUCCUCCUUUUCUCAACAUGGACGGUCGAAGGAGGAUGUUUAGUGUGGAGGUGUUUGAUUGGGGUUUGUGGUUCAGUGUUUUUAUUUUCAUUUGUGUGUGUGUGUGUGUGUGUGUGUGUGUGUGUGUGUGUGUGUGUGCUACCCUUCCCUCCCUCCCUCACCCCAAUGUUUGUCUCUAGGUGUUUGUAGGCGAUAAGAUGACCUUUCGACACACCUUCUUUCUUUCCUUUAUUCUUUCCCUCUUUACAACGUUAUUGUAAGUAUACGUAACCUUAAACUAACGAAAUACAAGUUACGUGAACCCUACCCUCGAGAUAUGUUAUUUUGAUCUCUGUACGUAUAGGCAAGAUUACGUCUCUUAAACUAACGAUAUAUAAGUUAUGUCAACCUUAACCUGCGAGGUGUAUGUAUAAGUAACCUCAAUUCACUGGUAUGUUUGUAUAAGUAACCACAAUUCAUUUUAUUUGUCAUAUGUUACUGUGAUCUCUGUAUGUAUAGGGAAGAUUAUGUCAUUUAAACUGAUGGAAUAUAAUUUGUCAACCUUACUUACGAGAUGUUUGUAUAAGUAACUUCAAUUCACACUUUGAUCUCUGUACGUCGAGGCAAGGUUACGUCAGCCCAGCACUCACUGUUUGCUUAUUUCUCGUCUUUACAUAGACGUAACAUUACGAUCCUUGUAUUGCUGUAGGACUUGUGUUGUGGAGAGGAAGUAUUGCUGUAGGACUUGUGUUAUGGAGAGGAAGUAUUGCUAUAGGACUUGUGUUGUGGAGAGGAAGUAUUGCUGUAGGACUUGUGUUGUGGAGAGGAAGUAUUGCUGUAGGACUUGUGUUGUGGAGAGGAAGUAUUGCUGUAGGACUUGUGUUGUGGAGAGGAAGUAUUGCUGUAGGACUUGUGUUGUGGAGAGGAAGUAUUGCUGUAGGACUUGUGUUGUGGACAGACAAACAACGUAAUAUAAUCUUAUAAGGGAAGUAAGAGUGUUAUAAAAAUUGCAACAGUU